AUUAUGUUAAAAGGAAAAGAAUACAUAAGGAAAGGGCAAAGAGGAUGAAAUGACCUAGGACACAUGAAAUGGGUAGAAAGAACUAUAAUCACUCCUUCCAAGAAGUUGAUGAUCCGAAGACCAAAACCGUUUAAGUUGUGAAGAAAUCGAACUCUGGUUCCAUUGGUUCUACAUCUUUUCAAUGGCGAAACCCGAGAGUAUGAAGUUAAAUUCAUCAAAGCUACCCCAAAAAAUCUACCCCUCUAAUGAUCCAUCUGAAUUCAAUCCUCUUUCCUAUUCCCUCGAAAAGUUUCGCCUCUAUGAAACACGUGCUAGGUUUUAUUUAAUAGGUAGUGAUAGGAAUAAGCAGUUCUUUAGAGUGCUAAAGAUUGAUAGAAUGGAGCCUUCAGAUCUUAACAUAAGUGAAGACCCAGUUGUGUAUCCCCCUGAGGAAAUAAAAAGUUUACUUCAACGGAUUGCUGAAGGAAAUAGAGCUACUGGGGGCUUGAAUUUUGUGGCUAAAGUUUAUGGCAUUGCUGGUUGCAUUAAAUUUUUGGAGUCACAUUAUCUUGUAUUGGUGACAAAAAGGCGCCAAAUUGGAUGUGUAUGUGGUCAUGCAAUAUAUAGUAUAGACGAGAGCCAAAUUAUUGCAAUACCUCAUGUCUCGGUCCAAACUGAUGUUGCUCAUUCGAAAACUGAGUUAAGGUACAAGAAGCUUUUGUCUAGUGUUGACUUGACAAAAGAUUUUUUCUACAGUUAUACGUAUCCUAUAAUGCGAAGCUUGCAGAAAAAUGUCUUGUCUACUGGUGAGGAUGGGAUGCCAUAUGACAAUCUUUUUGUCUGGAAUAGUUAUCUAACACAUACAAUUCGAUCAAGAUGCAAGAACACAAUGUGGACAAUUGCUUUAAUUCAUGGGCACUUUAAGCAGGUGUUUGAUUACUUUUCCAUUACAUUUUUUGAUAACCGAGAAAUCCUCGAGGGCUGGUGGUGCACGGUUCAGAAUUCGGCAGAUAAUGGGCUACUUCUCUACCUUCUCUGCUUAAAUACUAAGCUUUUGUCUGAGACUAGGCUAUCAAUAUUUGGAAAAGACUUCAGUGUUUCCCUGGUUUCUAGACGUUCUCGGCAUUUUGCAGGAACACGGUAGGCCAAGUGCCAUUUUCAUUUUUUAUUUUCUAUUGUAAUUUCCCAAAGGUUUUCUUUUGUUUGCCAGCUUCUUAAAUUGACGAUCUGUACAAACCAAAAAGUUGUAAACAAUAAACUUAUCUUUUCUCCACACUAUAGAAGAAAAUUGAAAUAAAAGACAUAACUUGUCCGAGGAGACGUUGACAAGGUCAAUUUGCUUA